UCACCACGAUCAUGUCUGUCUCGUGAAAUUUUAACCCUUGCGGUGUUGUUUCUAUGCCAUCCCAUCCCUUCAUUAUGUUUUCCUUUUUAUUUAAAGAAGAAUCCACCGCUGAGUGGAUUCCGACUUUGGAGUUUUAAAAUGAUAUACGUUGCUAAGAAAAAUUCAAGUAAAACAUGGACAAAAAGAAGCGGCAAUCCCUUAGUAUCGAUCGAGCAGCUUUUAUUUUACUUAGGAUUAAAAAGGUUUUCAAGAAAAAGAAGGAGAAAUUAAACGAAAGUGCUUAUAUGACGAUACUAUGUCGAACGGAUCAAAGGGCAGCUUCCGUCAGCUUUGAAGGGACCAGGCGGACAGGCAGAAAAUGUCCACCUCUUCUGCGUUCAAAAACAUUACCAGCUAUCUUUACACCGACAGGAAAUAUACUUGCAGAGCAAUUGAGCAAUCAAGUUAGGGCUCUCUACAAUGCUGCUCAACAAGGUCAAUUGGAAAAGCCAAGAGUAUCAUUAGAUAAUAAUGUAAAUAGAUUUAAUGCUCAGUUGGAUCAGCUAGAUCAAUUAAUGGAAGAAGUGAGACAGUACAGGCCCGGAAACGAAAUUUUGGAAUCUCAUGGACCUCUUCGGAAAAUACAGAAGCGGAAAACUACCAUAAAACAAUUGUUUUCAGCUGCUAGCAAGUUUCAGAGAAAUUUGCACAGGGGAAUAUAUUUGGCCUGUAUCCUCUACCACGAAGACAGAAUACUCCUCACCAACGAAGAUUUCCUACCUGUGAUAGAAAUAGACGAAAUAUUCCCUAGUUGCAUUCACACAGAUCUCUACUGGCUGAUGAAGGUCGCCUGUAUAUGGAACGAAACUAAGGUGUUGCGAUUCGAAAUGGAAAAACAUAUCUCAUCGCGUAUACAUUUUCGGAAGAAAAUACUCUCUGCUGCCAUUCAGAUGCAGUCUUUACUAUGUUUGCAAGACUUAGGACAGAUAUAUCACAAACCUUUAAAAGACUCGCGUGGUACUAUGGUUUUAAGCGUCGUUAACUAUGUUAAAUCUCCUAGGAAUGUAUCUCUUCUGAAUUCAAGGUGGUUGCCAAUGAGCAAAGUUUUUAAGAAAAUAGUAUUAAGCGAUGACCACAGUUUGUCGGAAAUGCUCAUGGCCAGUAUAAAACAGCAAAUUCAUUACCAUCAAGUUUCUAGUUUAAAACUCAAUAGAGGUUUAUAUUUGGCAUAUCUCAAAAUGCAGAGUUCUGUCGAUACCAUCGAAGUUAUUGUGAGUUCCAAGUCACCAAACAUAUUACCUCAUUGCAAGAUAAGGGAUAACCCACGGGUUACCACAGAAGAAUGGGGAUAUCUUAAGCAAUUGAAUCGUCCAGAAGUGGUAAACAAUACCACAGAAGUUCAAAGGAAUUUUCUAGAUUUAGUAACCAGUGCAUCGAAACGUCUGUUCAAUUACAUGGACGUCAACAGUGACGAUAUUAUUAGUCAUAGAAUAUUCGAAUCGAAUAUUAUUGAACUAAACGAUGAAGUUAGUUUUAUAGUUAUAUGCCCGUCUGCGGAGUUAUCGUGCGCGGUACCAGGACAGAGGGAGCUGCUGUUGCAGAGAGGUGAUCUGCUUAGUUUGCCAAUUAAGGUAUUUGAAAUGAUUCAUUUGAACACCUACAAACCGCACAUCACCAAGAAGUACGCGAAGUUAAGCUGUAGCUUGGAGCUUGAUAUAGCAUCGGCCGAUCACCUGCAUAGAGAAGCUUUUUCCAACACUGAAAUUGCCAGCGCCAAAGCGAAACUUUUAAAACUUCAGGAGUUGCAAGAUAAGAUGAACAAUAUAUGGAACAGUGUCAGGUGGUUAAUGAACGUUAUUACAUUUGCUAGAGAUCGAGUUUCACUGGGUAUAUCUAUAAGAUGUCUUAUGCAAACGGAAUCUACCGAUUUCGGAACACCGGGUCUACUACAGAUCCCUCCAGAAGAGAAAUUGUUAAAGCAUACACUAGGUCGAGGAUCUUGGCCAGGUCCUGGUCAUGUGAUGUCUUCAGCGAACCUUAUAACAGAGUUCAGUAAAAGUGAACAGAACCUCAACAUUAACGAAUACACCAAUAAUUAUAGUAAUAAUAGCUUAAAAGAACCGCAAAGAAAAGACAGCAUUACACCGGCUAAAAGCGAAAACAUGCUGUGCAGGUUAGCCACCCCGAGUCAACAACGAGAAAGAGCAAACACCAUAUGUAACAUGUCGUCCAAUAUAGAAGUACCCCUUCUAUCAGUAAAACAGUCCAACAGUCUAGCCAGUAUAAACACCAUUAACGUAACAGAUACCUCAAAUAGUAUUCAGAGCGUCAGCUCUGAUAGCGACUGUAGCCUACAGCCCUUUAUGGGAUCGUUUAACAAAAGACGAAAAUCCAAAAUGGUGACUUCCAAAAGUAUGAUAAAUGUCAAACAAAGCCUAAAACUCGAAAAAGUAAAAUCUCCCAACAGAGCUUUAUUGCACCCAGAUCUCAAUUCCAGUUUGUCGAAAAGUCUGACCAAUUUUAACGCUUAUAUAGAUGUAGAGGAUGGUACAAAAGAUACAGGGUUAUAUCAAAGUGAUUCUAAGAAUGAGAAUGGAAUUCUGCAAGUGUAUGCUGCCUAUGAAACUGGUUUGGCAUCUGGAACUAGUCUAAAACUACAUGUAACGCCACAAACGACUGCACGUGAAGUGGUCGAUCUAGUUGUAAAACAACUCAACAUGGCCGUCAUCCUCAAGGGCAAAGAUGGUCCAGUGUAUGACGUCGACAAGCUGAACAAUUUUUGCCUUGUGGCGGUGAUAGGUGCGAGGGAGCGUUGCCUUAGGGAUGAUUUCAAGCCUUUACAUCUUCAAAACCCUUGGAGGCAGGGAAGGUUGUACGUUAGACAGAAACAAGAUGUUCUAGCCGCUCUUGAGCAUAGUAGUAAACACACUUUGAUUAUUUGAAAGUUUGUUAUUUAAACAAAUAUGUUAAAAGUUGACAGAUUAUUAAGGUGGCAUUUUUUAAUGUUUUAAAAAUUCAAUUCUAAUACAUAGUCCAAGAGGCAGCGCUGAAAAAUCUCUUUGAAUUUACUAAAGCUACAUUUUUCACUGUAAUUUACUGUGAUUGUGUGGAAAAACAUACUGCGGUCGGUCAAGCGAAACGUAGAACAGGGGUUACUGAGAGGGUAUCAAAGUUGCUUUCCUACGAAGGUAAUUAAAUCCAUUUACUAAGGCUGAAAAUC